AUGGAAACCUCAUCCGGCACACCGGACGGAAGGGUGCCACGCGCCCCAGCUGGGAACACGAAGCCGAAGAAGAAGGUUCAAACCGUCCCAGGGGAUGGUAAUGGCAGCGCGCCACACGCCCCGAGCGGCAGUGGCACCGGCGACGCUGAUCUUCCCGAACCGGAACAACAACCGGCCGAGUACGGGGAGUCGGACGGUGGCGCACCGCAAGAUCCCCCCCUUGUUCCCGGAGCCGAGACGGAUGCCGGCGCGCCCACACGCAAGGGAAAGAUAACCCAAGGCGCAGCGCGCGCGUCACAAUUCGCCGCCAAGCACUAUCCCCCUCGCGAUGUUAUCCUCAUCCCGCACAGGGACGACAGCGAGGGUAGCGAGGACGAGGACGAGGACGAGGAUGAAAUCGACUCGCCGCCGCCGAAGAACGCGAAAGGGAAAGGGAAGGCGAGGGCGAAGAAAACCGCGGACACCGACGCGGCCCCGAAGGCGAAGGCCGUCGCGAAGCCCGCGCGGGGUGUGACGGCUGGGGACGUCAGGGUCACUCUCAAGGGCACUGAGGUGGCCGAGGCGAGCAAGACGACUUUGACGAAGGAGGACGCCGCGCAAGCAGCGGAGGCGUUCCUCGGAUUCGGGUACGGCUCGCUUUCCGACGACCAGGGCUUUCGCUGGUUUUUCGGCCAAGGCAACGCGCGCGCAAUCAGCCCUCAGAGGCUCGCCCAACUCAAGCAAUCGUUCAUCGAGCAGGGCAUCACUCCGUGGAGGGACCCUAUCGCUAUCGUCGUGGAUGGCAGGUACAUAGAGCCCGGGUGCCUCACCAAAGAGGCGAUCACCAGCGACGACGGCCCGACCAUCCAAUGGACGAACGCGGUGGAUGACCAAUGGGUCGACAUCCUCGGCGGGCAGCAUCGCCAGCGCGCGCUUCAGGAGCGCGAGAAGGAGCUGAAGCUCGAUGUCGACCGCAUGGACCAGAAGAUAGAAAAGCUGCACAAUGCGAGGCGCAACGAGCAGGAGAAGGAGGCCUCGCUGGCGCGUUUGCGCUACAUCCGCGACAACGUCCGGUCGCUCGUGGGCGAUCCCCUCCGGUGGUUAUUUGCGGUGUAUGACAAAGGCAAGGUCAUCAAGGACAACCGGCGCGUCAUCCUCCAUCUCUCCGAGAACGACAACAAGAAGUCGUAUCCGCAGACCGCAGAGGAAACUUUGCAGAAGCACCACUUCCACGUCGUCGACGCUCUCGCGAAGCGCAAGAAUCCGGAGGACAUCUUGGGCAGCGCGAGCUAUCGAGACAACGUCUUGGAACCCAUUGUCGGCGACAAGGCGAUGAAGAGGGGCAACGCUCGGUUGUUGGUCCACCCACAUUCGUUCACCUUCCUCUCCAACAUCUUCCGCCUCACCUAUGUGCGCAACGGGCAGACCGUCAAGGCGUCCGCGCUCCGGCAACGGCUCUUGUUUACGCAGGCGAAGCAUAUCGCGCGCAUCCACAAGAAGCGCCUCGACAACACGGUCGGAGGGAUGUGGGCCGACGUCUUCGCACUGCUCGUCGAUCAGAUGACGUUCAUCGCCUCUUCCUCGCGCUUCGGUCUCGUGCACCCCAUGAAAUCGAGAUCGGGCAUGACGGAGCAGGAGAUGUUCAACGACCCAGAGCUGACGAAGGACAUGCAAACCCUGAGGUUGUACAUCCGUCUCAGAAAUGACGAACACACACCUCUUGAGACGCUCAACAAGGCCGAGGACGCGAUGCAAAUCACCCUCGCGAGCCUCCUGCGCGACGCCACGAGCGAAGAGCGCGAGAUCUGGCACCCGACGCUCAUGGCGUCCAUCGACGCCUUGUAUGUGAAGUAUCUGCGCCCGCACAAGGAGUACUUCGGAUCUUCGACGUGCCCACAAUGGGUGGAGGGCAUGGUCAAGUACUGGAAUGUCAUGGUGAGGACGUGCGAUCAAUGGUGGAGCGAGGACCCCCACACACCGACGACGCCGACGACCGUGCAGGCUCAACGGUCUGCGCUUGGGAAGCUCCAGUGGUGGGGAGCGCAACGCGAACUUGCAGACUGCCUUGUGCUCCCCUGGCCAACUACGUCCAUGCUAGAGGACAUGUACUCGGUCCUUCAAGGCGCCUCGUUUGCCAUACAAUGGCUCUCCAGGCAGUUGGACCCCAUGGUCGACAAGGCCAUACAGGCAGCACCCGUCAACAUUUGGGACCACACCUCGCACAUGCGCGAGUACCUGGCUGAUCCCCUGCUCAUGCCCCACCGCAGCGAUCCUCCGUGGAAGCUUUGGGAGUGGAUCUUUCAUCGCCUUCCCGAGCUCACUCGUGCGGACGUUGAGCUUGAGCAGUUCAACGGCAUUCACACCACGCGGUUUUUUAGCAUGUCGACAAACAUCCAUAACUCCGCGCUGAGCUACGCGGAUCAGCUGGACGAUCCCGCAUGGGACACUUUUUCCGCCCCCUGGAUCGACAUCCUCGGCGAGGAUGGUUGGCUGCCGUCGUACACCCGCGAGAUUGACGCAAUUGGACAUUCCUUGCACCUCAACGUCCCCAAGCCGCUCGUAGUAGAGCGUCUGGCCAAGAACAUGGUGCUGCGCUACCCUCGGUCGAAGAAACACUCCCUCGGCGUAAAGGUCCACGACAAGUACGAAUGCGUCAACCUCCUUGACGUACAUCUCGUGGAGUGGCGAGAGGUCGAUUCCAAGGCGCGCCUUCGGGGCAUGCACGGCAUCGCAUUCUACAUUUUCGUCGCUCACAAGUGGUACGAGCGGACGAUGAGCCACAUGCUCUCGACCGACGUUGGCCGCUGCCUCCGCGAGCAGUUCAUGGAAUUUCUCGACGAGCACUGGGGGAUGGCGCCUCCCCAUCCCGUUGACCAGCAGGGUAAGCGUACGGAGCAGCCAGACUCAGGCCCCUCGCAGGGCACCCUCCACCCCCCGCCUGUUGCCGGUUCUUCGCGGCAGGUUCCUACCAUCGACGUCGCCGUUACGAGUCGCGUUCAAUGGGACAAAUCGAUCGUUGAUCGUCUGCUCGCCAAUGCGUCCCUUCCUGUCGAGAUCCGCGAUUACCAACUCGAGAUGCGCGAGCUCGCAGAGAAGCGUCAACGCUUGGAUGCGUACACCUCCGGCAUGAAAAAGUUGGUCAAGUUCCUCGAGAAGUCACCUCUCGUGAAGUACCUGCCGUCGGAGAAGGGGCUCAUGGAGGGCGAAGUCGGAGCAGCCGUCGAGAAUUUGAUCACGAAACUGGUGAACAACGUGAACCGUUCGGAGUUCCGCAGGGAUUUCCCCAAUGUGCCCUACGUGCUCCCCACCACGAAUCUGCAGAUGAUCGAUUGCCCUCCCGUCAAAGUACUCCACGACCCCAACUACUACACUACCCUCGCCGAGCUCAAGGCGCGCGAUCCUGACGUUUACAGCGACUACAUCGCUCGCCGCGCCCUCCUGCACGCCGCCCUCAAGAAGGACAAGGAGACGGAUCCCGCUGUCGUCGUGCCGGACAUCGAGGAGCUCCUCCCGCAAGACGUCUAUCUCGCACCUCCGGAGAUGACCCUCAUGCCGCCGGCGGACGCAGAGUCGGAGGCCAUGGACCUUGACGGCAGGAAGCAAUAUUUGCGCAACGCCCUCCUCAGCGACGCCUUCCUGCCCCACAUGCUGAAGUCUGAGGAGCACGUCAACGCCGACGACGACUCAGAUUACUAUUCGGAGACCGCCGACGCCGCCGUCGUCCCGCAUUCGACCCGUAUCACUCGGUCCCAUGCCCCUCCUCGCGACGAGGACGUCGACAUGGAGGGCGCCGAGCAAGCUGUCAAGGACAACAACGCCCCUUCGCACUCCGUCUCACAGGGCGGGGACCAAGUCGACAAUGACGUUGUGAUGGUUCACGACGGGCACACUUCGCAGGCAGCGCCCGUCGAAGAGCUCCCGACGGACGACGUCACGACGUCCUUUCCAUCGCACGGCGACAUCGACUCGGUCGAGCGCGCGCAGGACGAUGACUCCCCGAUGUUCGACGACAACGCCGGCCAGCUCACGUCCGAGGUCACGACCAUCCAGAGGCACUUGCAGGAGAUACCGAUCUUCGAUGAUAAGUCCUCGGUCCUUGUCGACUACCACGACGGCGAUGUGAUUAAUCGCACUCCCCUGGUCCGCCUCCUCAUCGCGGCAGUGUCAUUUUCACAGUGGGACGAUUUGGACGACAUAAACAUGGAACUUGUCCGCCCCGGUGACGAUCUCUUCGAUGACGUUUGGUCGGAGCUCGACGAUAUGGCGGACCAGGACGUGAUCGAGUGCCUCUGGGACUCGGUGAUAGAGGGUCUGCGUCCUAAGGAAUGCGCUCUCGCCAUGCUCACCUAUCGCCCUCUCGAGGACUCCCUGGACGCUGUGGCCGCUCUGCCCCCGAUCCGGUUGCCUGCCGAGUGUCACACAGAGUACCGCGAGUUGCUCAGGGCGCGGUGCCCUGAUGUACUCAAACCUGGCAUGGCGCAGAGGAACGCCGCAGAGCUCCUGUUCGAGAUGCUCAGGCAGCAUCUCCCUCCGACGCCGCUCCAGUCCCCCGGCGACUUCCAUCGGCCACUUUCGUCGGUCAGCCCGUCGGUGCCCAGCGUCCCCUCCCCAGCCGUCUCGUCCUCUGCGCGCGUCGACAUCCAAGAGCGCCUUUCCUCUUCCGACGCUCUGAUCGCGGCGCCGCCGCUCGAUCCGACGACCCAUAUCGCGUCCACGCACGCUCAUGACGCGCAGCCGGAGGGAACGCCAGUGGACGCACUGGAGGGUCCUUCUUCAUCAAUCGUUCCUGAUUCGCCGUCAACGUCGACCCCUGCCGCUAGUACAUCCUCUCGCAAUAAGCAGAUGGUCCAGGCGUCCAAGCGCAUGAUCGACGAUGAGCCGGAGAAACCGCCCCCAGCGAAGAAACCGCGCAGAGGCCGCCAGCGCACCCGACGCGCUCGCACUUCCACUGUCAGCGUUCCCACCAUGUCCCGCACCCCCGCGUCGUCCCACAUGUCGUCUUCGCUCUCGCUCGACCAGGGCAAGGCCCACGCAACGGCCUCCAUGGACGCGGGCGAUGUGGACGCCAUCGCCGAGGACGAAGACGCGCAGGCCGUGAAGGAGGUCUCGUAG